UUACAAAUUGACGAUAUCAAGGUACAGUUAUGGCCACUCGGGAUACAUAACCUCGAUUAUUUUUUGGCACGUUUUAUGAAAAUUCACAGUGCAUACCUUUAAGCGAGUGAUGGAAAGCAGAGAAGACACAGUUAGGGUGAAGCAAGAGUCGUACAAUACUUGGCCAGAUGCAGGCGACGAUUAUAAUUUCGAUGCAGUCGACUCUAGCGAAAUCAAAAACUUUGGAAUAUUCGCGUCUUGUAGUAAAUUAUCAGCAAAUCGCGCGAAUGAGGUUACGACGUUACGAGAAAAGUUGGAUGAGAAAAUAUCCAUAGAAGUCGAGUGCAAAUAUGUUAAACCUGAACCGACGUCUCUAUCGACGACCAUCUGCAAAUCCGAGUAUCAAACUUUUCUACCAAUUAUGAAAAUAGAAAAUCAAAUUCAGACAAAUCACUGCAAUGAAAAAAGUUUGAUAGUUUUGAUAAAAAAAGAAUUCGAUUAUGAUAAUUGUCGCCAAUUUCAAGUAAAUCCUCGAUUUGAAUUUAAAGAAUACGAGCCAAGCAGAAAGUUGAGUAAAACAUCUAACAUCGAAUUAUUGUAUCAGUGUAGAAUGAGUCGAAAAACGUAUAGAGAACAAAUGAGUCUAAAAAGACAUGUCAAUUUAACACAUAAGAGCAAUAGACCACACGAAUUUUGCCACAAAUCAUUUGUAAAGAAAAGUAACCUAACUAAACAUAUAGAGACAGUACAUGAUCGUAGCAAACCCUUCGAAUGUGAGAAUUGUCACAAAUCAUUUGGAGAAAAAAGUAAUUUCAAACGUCACGUCAACGCGGUACAUAUUCGGAGCAAACCCUUUGAAUGUGACAAUUGUCAAAAAUCAUUUGGAAGAAAAUGUGAUCUCAAAACCCACAUAAAUGUAGUACAUUAUCAUAGCAAACCCUUCGAGUGCAACUUUUGUCACAGAUCAUUCGGACAAUCAGGGGCCCUUAAACGUCACGUCAAUGCAGUACAUGAUCGUAGUAAACCCUUCGAAUGUGUCAGUUGUCAAAAAUUAUUUGGAUUAAAAAAUGACCUCAUGCGUCACAUAAACGCAGUACAUAAUCGAAGCAAACCUUUUGAGUGUGAGAUUUGUAACAAAUCAUUUGGACAAAAGGGUCAUCUUAAAACUCACACAAGUAGAGUACAUAAUCGGAAUAAACCCUUUAUGUGUGUUAUUUGUCACAAAUUAUUUGGACUAAAACAGCACCUGAAUACUCACAUAAUUGGAGUACAUGAUCGAUGCAAAAUGUUCGAAUGUGACAAUUGUCAGAAAUUAUUUGGACAAAAAAGUGACCUCAAGCGUCACAUAAGUGCAGUACAUAAUCUGAUCUGA